ACACUGCUUUGGUUGACUUGGCAAGCAAUUCAGACGCGAAUCGACAUGAAAGUUACAAUGGAGCCCAGAUCCGCUGAGGUAGUGCUCCUAAGGGAGACUUUAUUCCGACUCCAGGCCGAACUGGAUGCAGCCUACGAUGUUAUCAGUGUGAUGGACUUCGAUUUGGAUGAUGUCGAAUUACUGGAAAUGCAAAACCAAUGGCUGCGCGAUGAACUGAAAGAAUUAAAGGCGAAUGCAGCUGAUGGUGCCGAGGUUUAUGUGCCACACAGAAACCGGAAGGAGCGGCUAUCUGCUCGACAUAGGCGCCGCAUCUAUAGACAGCAUGUGGCCGGUGGCAUGCAUGGCCAGAGCCUGAAAGAUCUGGCCCUGGAGCGAAGAUAUGCACGCCAAUGGGAUGGAUCGUUUAUAGGCGAAUUUUUUCGCUGGCGAGCGGAAGGGGUUGAACAUUGAAUCUGUAUUAGGUAUUAGGUAUAAGUAGGUAUUAAAGCUUAUCAAACGUACUGUUUCCCCUUCAGUUAUGCAUGUGAUAACAAUGCCACACAAUCUUUACUGAUCGAACGACUAUCAGCAAUCACAUCAAAGCCCACGACCCAUUAGGGCAGGCAGAGUUUUUCUCCACCAAUUGAAUAAUUGAUCUAGGUCAAUGUAUGACCAAUGUUUGCGUGGUCAGUGAUUUGUUAGGAAUGUCUUUCUUGGAAAGCCAGUCU